AUGAUCCACUGCCAUCCCAGCUCUCAACCCGGUGGCUCUCCAUCAGAGAAGAACUCACAAGUCUGGCCAGACUCUCAAUACCUCGGUGGCUCAACACAUGGAGCGACUCGCAAGUGGAACUUCAUGGAUUCUCUGAUGCUUCUCAAUUGGCAAUGGCUGCAGUCAUAUACAUAUCCGUUCACGACUCAAACGGCGCCACGUUCUCACUUGUGUGCUCCAAAACUAAGAUCUCAUGCAUCACGCUGGAAGGAUUUUGUCAGGAACAGGGUGGCUCAAAUUCAAGAACUCACUCCAGCUGCUCACUGGAGAUACAUACCUGGAACUUCCAAUCCGGCUGAUUGCGCAUCACGAGGCCUCACGACUGCUCAGCUUCAAAACCACGCACUUUGGUGGACGGGACCACCAUGGAUACUCAAGCCAGACUCAUGGCCGUCGCAACCAGCACUCUCUGACGAGAUGAGUGCAACAGAAGCUCGCCCAGGCGUUUCGCUAUUGACGGUUACGCCAAAGGCUGAAUAUCAAUGGGAACUCAUCUACAGGCAACUCAAGCAACAUACGCACGAGCUCAAGGCAUUACAGGCAGACUCACCGUUGGCAAAGGCGCACGCAUUCAACAGAUUGACUGCGUACAUCGACGCUCAAGGAGUCAUUCGCGUCGGCGGACGACUCGCUCACGCAGCUCUCUCAUUCGACGCGAUACAUCCUGUUAUAUUGCCUCGUCACUCUCAGCUGUCGUCAUUGAUCAUCGCUCACGCUCAUCAACGGACUCUACAUGGAGGCACGCAGCUUACGCUGUCACACAUCCGACAACGAUACUGGAUUCUCGGCGGGAGGGCUCCUGUCAAGUCUCACAUCCUGCGGUGUGUCACGUGUGCUCGUCAGAGGGGGAUCCGUGCUCAUCAAUUGAUGGGCCAACUAUCUCUCUCUCGGGUUACGCAGGCACGACCGUUCACUCAUACAGGUGUAGACUACGCAGGGCCGCUCACCGUCAAAACGUGGAAAGGAAGAGGUGCCAAAACGAGUAAAGGCUGGAUUUGCGUUUUUGUCUGCUUCUCAACCUCAGCAGUACAUCUCGAGGCGGUCAGUGAUUACUCAACGGAGGGAUUCAUUGCCGCCUAUCGACGCUUCUCAUCCAGACGCGGCAUUGCUCACACCUUACACUCCGACUGCGGCACCAAUUUCAUCGGCGCGGAUGCAGCUCUCAAAAGGCUGUUCAUCCAGAGCACUCAAGAACAUCAGCAAGUUUCUCACCUGCUCUCUGAAGACCACACCCGAUGGGAAUUUAAUCCCCCAGCGACACCUCACAUGGGAGGAAAAUGGGAGGCCGUCGUAAAAUCCAUCAAGUAUCACCUACGGCGGACCAUUGGAGAAAGCGUGCUCACCUUUGAGGAGCUCACCACAUUGCUCACUCAAAUUGAAGCAAUUCUCAAUUCGCGCCCGCUCGAACCAUUGAGUGACGACGCGGACGACAUCUCAGCACUCACGCCAGGCCACUUCCUCGUAGGAAGUCCGCUCACCGCCAUACCAGAGCCCUCACUCACCGACCUGGCAAUCUCAAGACUCUCUCGAUGGCAGCUCAUCCAGCAGAAGACACAACAUUUCUGGACACACUGGGCAGCGCAUUACCUACAACGACAACAAGCCAUCUCAAAGUGGCACCACAGGAACAACGCGAUCAAGAUCGGAUCAUUGGUGCUCAUCACCGACGAGCGGCUACCGCCAUGCAAAUGGCCGCUAGCCAGGAUCACGGCUCUACAUCCUGGGAAAGAUGGUCUCGUGCGGGUGGUGACUCUGAAGACAGCCACUACCACUCUCAUCCGACCAGUGGUCAAGCUCUCCGUCCUGCCAAUCUCAUCAUAA